AUGGCUCAAUCUUCUUCUUCUUCUGCACCACCACCACCACAAGGACUGGCUCCAAAACCAGGAGAUACCACCGUUUCAUCGGAAUGGUUAGAAUUCAUCUUGAGAAAGAAAGGUCUCUUAACGGAUGAGAAUCUUCAUGUGGUAUCUGUAGAGAUGAAUGAAUUGAGCGAUAACAGAGGACUUGCUGCUAUCAUGCACCGAUUAAGUGUGGUUUAUUCAAAUCAAUCAUCACUACCAAAAACAUUCAUGUUGAAAACAAGUCCAAAUAGUGAAGAUGCAAAAGCUCAAUCCAAUGCUCGUGGACAAUACAGAGAGGGAUUGUUUUAUGAUAGUGAUUUAUUGAACCAAUUGGAAUUUGUCUCUAAAAAUGUCUUGUAUGGUUAUGGAUGUGAAGAAACUGGUGAAUAUGUAUUGCUCAUGAAAGAUUUAAAAACGAGUGAUCAAGUGAUUGGUGUGAAUUUUGUCUUCGGUAAUCAAGUGUGGGGAAUGCCUGAAAUGAAAGUCACACUUCCAGAUCCUGUUUCUGUUCUGGAACAAAUGUAUUUAACUUGUGCAAGAUUGAAUGCCAAGUUUUGGAAGGAUUCAAACUUGUGGAGUCAAGAUCAUGGAUUUUUGAAAGCAUCUGGAUUUUAUAAGGGUGAAAAUAGAGAUGUGUGGGAACAAGGAAUGACCAAUGGACGAAAUGCUUGGAAUGUUGCCAAGGAAAGAAAUGCUCAGAGUGAAUAUUUUAAAUUCUCUGAAAAACUCGUUGGAAUUAUUGAUCGAUCAUAUGAGUUGGCUAGUUGGGAAAAUAUGCAAAAGGCAAUUCAUGAAGAACCAUUCGCUUUGUGUCAUGGUGAUUUUCAUGCGAGUAAUAUGUUUGUAAAUGUUGAAACUUUGGAAUUGUCAUUGUUUGAUUGGUCUGAAGUUGGAAUAUGGAAUCCAGUGACAGAUUUAGCUCAGACUCUCAUCUCUGAUGUGAAUCCUGACAUUGUAGCUAAACAUUCAAAACGUUUACUAAGAGUUUAUUAUGAUGAAUUGAUUCGUUGUGGAGCUGACUUGACUGAUUUUUCAUUUGAGGACUGUUGGAACUGUUUCUGUAAGAAUGGUCCAGAGAGAUGGAUUUGGCUUUUCUCAGUGUUAGCAUCCUUAUCGUUCAUUCCUGAAAAAGCUGUGAAAUAUUGGCAUGAUCAUUUAUUGUCUUUCAUUGAAUCACAUGGUGACUAUCCUUUCUAUAAUUUGAAAUCCAUUUGCUAA